AUGAACCCAGGUCCCAGAGUCUCAGUCUGCAGGUUCAGGAGACAGCAUGGUGAGCACGGAGACGUCAGUAUCUUACAGGAAAAGUCUCCGGAGGCAGGUGGACAGUGGAGCAGAGGAAGUCCUCAGUCCAGCAGGACAGAGGUUCUGGUUGCCAAUGUCAAGGGACAUCAGCAUGGUGUGGAAAUACUCUGGCGUGUGGAGCUCAGCUGUCUCAGUAGUGGCCUGAACCCUGCCUCAGUUACACCCUUGAAACAAAGCCUAAUGAAGGAAGAAAAUGAAGGCAGAAGAGUGGAUGCUUCACAUGAACCUAGGACUAAGAGAUUCAGAAACCUGAAAGGACGGUUUUUGUGCUGGUACAAUAUUGGCGAUGACAUGACCACCAAGAAUACAACCAUGGGAGAGGAUGAUUAUGGGUUGAAGAAAAUAAAAAUUAGAACUAGUGAUUUAGCAAUUAACAGAGGAGGGAAACAUGAGCGUAGUAAAUGUGAUGCAUUUUUUGAAAAAUCCCACCCUCCUGGGCGGAGGGAAGAUGGCGUGACGGAGUGGCUGGAGAGACUGCGGGAUGCCGAGAAGAGAGCCUGCUGUAUAAGCCAUUCCCUGCUGCACGAUGGGAGAAGGAAGGUGCACUAUUGGUUCCCAGACGGGAAGGAAAUGGCCGAAGAAUGUGAUGAGAAGAUGAAGGAACUCUUCCUAAGAAAAUGGCGUGUAAACAGUGUUCUGAGAGCCUUGGGCCAGAGGCAGAUUGAGGUGGGAGGGCCAGCACCCCAUGGAGCAGGAAACCUGGGGCCUGAACUCAUCAAUGAAAGCAAUGACAAUACCAUCUUCCUGAGCAAGGACACCAAGGUGUGUUUCCAGUGGCAGAUUCGAAACCUCCCCUAGCCUAAGGAUGUCUAUAGUGUCUCUGUGGACAGGAAGGAGCGCUGCGUCUUCGUCAGAACAACCAACAAAAAGUACUACGAGAAUUUCUCUGUUCCUGACCUGGACAGACACCAGCUGCCACUGGGCGAUUCUUCGCUGUGCUUUGCUUCUGCUAACUGCACCCUGACCAUCUCUUACAAGAAGCCAAAGAAAUUCCUGGUGGCUGAGUCGGAGCUGCAGGAGAUGCCGAAGAAGGUAAAGAUGACUCACAGCAGUGAUGGGGACUGCAAGACCCAGUAG